AUGGAGCAACCACAAAAUCACCAUUUCGACCUUCUUGAUCUCACAGCUCAGGAGAUUACGGCUGCCCUCACCUGCAGCAAUUGCCGCCAUGGCUUUAUCGGUGGGUAUGCAGUGUCUCUUGUCGGUGGCGCGAGGAUAACCGAGGAUGUUGAUCUUAUCGUUGAUGCAGACCCAGUCAACGUCCGACAACUGCUUCUCCAGGUGUCCGGCUUUCAGUUUACCGGUCCCAAUAGCCUUGUCUUCGUAAAUAAUGGCCGUGCAGUCAAAGGUGAGAUUCUCCGUGGCGGCCAUACUCAACACAUGAAGCUCCCUGAUGCCAAUUCCGUCCCUCUUCGCUACAUUUCUGCCAGAAACCCACCAGAGCACGAUGUCGAUAUCCCAAGUGAGUACAUCUUUUAA